AUGGCGACACCAGGGUAUUAUAUAUCUCUAUGUUACGGGUGUGCGACGAAAGGCAAUCCUCGUCCUCAGCACGGCUGGCGGCACAUCAAUGCAACCAAAAGCUUCGGGUAUUGCAUAUCAUGUGGCGGUAACUUGAACAACAAGAAGCCUUCCCUCGAAGAGAUACUCGGAAUUCCCGAAAAGCCGACAGUCCACACAAAUCAUGAGCGACCCCUGCGAGCCAACCUGGGGAGAGGAAAGUCUACGUGUUAUGUCUCGUCGGCUCUCCAGAUCUUACACAACGUGCAUCCGUUCGCCACCAUUCUGAAGAACAUCAAGUUGGUUACAGACCAGAACGCCGAUAUUCUUGCCAAAGAUGCCAAUCUGAACAAGCACAAAACUUUCCUCAAAUGUCUCCAGACAACCAUGUCACUGCUCGACCUUUACGCCAACACUGAGAACAAGAUUCCUUCGGUACAUACACAGGCAUUUAGGAUGGCCUGUGAUGGACUUGCUACACUGAUGGGAUCAUCCGGUCCUUGGAAAGACGAGGACUCGGAUUCUGUCGAAUUCCUGGGCUUUAUACUCGAAACUCUGAAUAAGAUCUCGGAUACUUCGGGUGUACAAGAUCCUUUGGCGAAGACCACCCCCCUGGCUCUUUUGGAAAACAGCCGAGACUGGGACAGAGCCGCCGGUGCUUCACUGCCAGGACUAGACCAAGAUACUGAUGGUCACUGGGUUUCUAGAAAGAACUCCGGCUACAAUUCAGACAUUGAUGAAACUCAUACCGUGCAGCGGAUCGUCGAAUCGCAGUGUGAAAAGCCUGACUGUCGACGCGUGGUGCGGAAAUUCGAAUUUGCAUGGCACAUCACACUGUCUGCGGCCAACGUCGAAGCAAACGAAGACGGAUUUCUAGACUUCGCGGAUCUCCGUGAAGCCUCGUUCAGCGACAGACUCACAACGCAAAGCGGUGGCACGAGCUGCCCUUACUGUGCGGAUAAACCUCCAUCUCAACGUGGGCGCCUGGUGGAAGUCAGGAGCCGGAUCGCGAAUGAACCGGAACUUUUCAUGGUCGAAAUCGGACGCCACACUCAGAUUGGUGAGACUGAUGUUCGCAGAAUCACGAAUUAUGACCAUUUUGAUAUGAAAGAUUGGACUCCGCGUAUCUUCUCUGACCCUGCCGACUAUCAGCCGCGGUCCUUGCGAUACAAUCUGGUUGGGGCGCUAUUCUAUCUUCACAGCCCCCCUCACUACAUUCCAUUCAUUCGUCUAGGUAAGGAGGAGAAUGCACUGUCUCUUCCAAACCUGCCCCCUUCAAGGAGAUACGGGCGCUUGAAUGACGGCAAAUGGGUAAUGUUUGAUGAUACAAAAUAUCAGCCCACCUACCGAUCGCCAUAUUUGGAGAUGGCAACGCCUUUGUGUGAGAGUCUUCUGAUUUUCCGCAAGGCUGUUCCUACCAAUGAAAGUCUCACAGCGGGAUCGAAAGUUGGUGAAGAGCAAAAGCCCCCUGAGUCUGAGUCUGAGUCUACAUCGGCGGUUCCCCCAACACCGUCAAGCGAUAGUCUCCUCUUCUUCGCGUCUCCAGACCACUCACAAACUAUUGACGACAUCAAUCUGGAGGCCGUUGAUCAGAAAAAGGAACGCCUCAAAGCGCGAGAACAAAGGGUGCAGGGACGGGAGAGAUCUGUCAAUGAGCAAGAACAAGGAUUGGAUGUACAGAAGGAAUGUCUGGCAGAGCGAGAACGCAAGGUACGCGAACAUGAGGAAUAUCUUAAUGACAGAGACCAAGAGAUGGAAGUCCAGAAGGAGUCUCUCAGAGCGCGAGAACGUAAGGUGCGCGAACGCGAGCGGCCUCUAAGCGAGCGAGAACAGGAAAUGAGUGAACGGGCGGAUUCUCUCGACGAGCGAGAAAAGAAAUUGCGUGAAAAGGAGGACUUUGUCAACGAGCUAGCACACCAGCUGCGUGAACGAGAGCACGAGCUUCGUUGUCGAGAGUUCGAAAUCUCCGAUUUGACGAACGACCUACCUCCGUCCUAUCGUCUUCGAAGCCUGUUGAACGAAUUGAACCUUGCCGACUUGUGCGAAGCUCUGUCAAUACUUUCUGACACUAUGAGAACGAGGAUGCAAGGCCGGCAAUCGUCACAUUUACACGGGUACAGACCACCUUUUCUCUCUGGAGCUCAAGAGGAUACCAGCCGCAUUCCAGCCGCGGACCCAGAGUAUGCGCCAACUUCUUCCCCACGAACCCCGGCUCGUCUGGGUGUCCGUGCGAGCCGUAUUCCAAUACGCAUCAACCACCGGCGUUUGCAACUCCAUCGGACAACAGUUCCAGCUGGCACAGAAACUGUUGUGCAGGGGGGGCAAACCCUGUCCACCGAUAGACGGCCUGCAACGUCCCUAGGGGUACCUCCAGGAUCACAAGUGAGUGACGAGAAAACUCCAUCUUUUCCACAAGAUUCGGCUCAGAGAAAGCCAGCUUCCGCCUUAGAAGGAGAAUGGUGUCCUGAAUCUGGGUCCCAGCGUGGGAAGAAGCAGCCAGAACCGCCGUUGAAGUAUCAGCAAUCGACUGAAAUGGCAACCCACUUGAGGCUUAGGUAUAACGAGAUUACGCGGGUCGAAAGGCGUACUGAGGGGCCGGAUGAUGAGCUGCAAUUAUACGUGUAUCGCCAGGGAGUCCCUCCGAGAUGGGAAUCACGUAGGAAGUUGAUGAAGGAGCGUCCGGAUCUGGCUGAUCUCUUCCACUAG